GUCAAAGUCGAAAGAAAAAAGAAAAAUACCAUCGAAAUUCCAGUAAUUUCUGCUCCAAAAUCAUCAACAUUUGUGAUUAAGCAUCCUCAACAUGUCGGAUGCUGAGGACUUCGAGGAACAGCUGCGGCAGGAAGCCAUUCAUAAGGCCAAGGAAGAGGCGGCAGAGGGACAGUCCUCCUACAAGGAUAAAGAUGGCGUUGAAUAUGAAUGGGACUCCCAGAAACAGGCUUGGUUUCCAAAGAUUGAUGACGACUUUAUCGCAAAGUACCAGAUGAGCUAUGGCUGCACCACGACUGAAGCUGACAGUACCACUGCAGCAACGGAAACCACAAAAUCAGAAACCACCACAGAGUCAUCACAACCUGCCCCAGACAAUGCUUAUAGACAAUAUUAUGAUUACUACUACAACUCAUGUUAUACCACUGCUGGGACUACAGGAGAUAGUACAACUACUACUGCCAGCAAUGAAGGCAGUAAAGCAUUAGCUUCACCGAGCACGUCAGAAUCUCAAGAAGUUCCAGAAAGGACACAAGAAUACAUCGAUUAUUGCAGAGACUAUUAUAAGUUCUACCAUGGGCAGUUAAAUGAGGAAGAAGACUUUGAUUAUUGUCUUUAUUACGAGUAUUAUAGUCAAUUUACUGGUGGUGAUGAGACAGAGGGACAGGGAGAGGAUGGUUCAACUAAGAAGGGCAAUGGUAAAAAGGGCAACAGUAAAAAAGGCAAGAAUGGGAAAGGAGGGAAAGAAGCACCUAAACCUGGAGAGAAGAGAAAAAGGGAGGAUCCCACAUGGUUUGAAAUGGAUCAGGAUAGAAAUACCAAUGUGUACGUGUCGGGCCUCCCAGCAGACAUCACCAAUGACGAAUUCAUCGAGUUGAUGUCCAAAUAUGGCAUGGUGAUGUUUGAUCCCUUGACAAAGAAACCCAAGGCCAAGUUGUACAAGGAUGACGAGGGAAAGAAUAAGGGUGAUGGAAGAUGUUGUUACAUCAAGGUUGAAUCUGUUGACUUGGCUCUCCAGAUUUUGGAUGGGAGUGAUUGUAAGGGUUCUACCAUUCAUGUUGAGAAAGCAAAUUUUUCUGUGAAGGGUGAUUAUGAUCCGAAACUACGCAAGAAACUCAGCAACAAGCAGAAGAGGAAAAUUAAGUUACAGCAAGAAAAGCUGUUUGAUUGGCGGCCUGAUCUCGUCCCUGGAGAGAGGAAGAAGUCGGACAAAGUCGUAGUCCUCAAGAAUGUGUUCAACCCUGUAGAUUUUGAGAAAGACCCAGGUACCAUUCAAGAAAUCCGAAGUGAUAUCCGAUUGGAAUGUUCAAAGUUUGGUGAAGUUAGGAAAGUAACUGUCUAUGAUAGACAUCCAGAGGGUGUCGCCACAGUCGGAUUCAAAGAACCUGAAGAGGCUGACACUUGUCUGGAAGCGCUAAAUGGCCGAUGGUUUGGUGGGCGGCAACUUUCCGCCGCAGCGUGGGAUGGAAAGACGAAAUAUGAGAUUAAAGAAUCCGAACUAGAGCGGGAGGCCCGGUUGAAGAAGUGGGCAAUGUUCUUAGAGAUGGGUGAAAAAGAAAAAGCUGAGGCUGCAGCAAAGAAAGAAGCAGAUGCAAAGAAAGAUAGGGAAAGUGAUGAGAAAGUUGAGGAUGCUGGUUCCGAGAAAGUGGAGAAUGCAGAGAUGAAAAAGGAACCUGAUGCUGCAGAGAAGGUUGUCACUGUUUCUGUUGAAGAGGAUACAAGAGCCAUGGAGGUUAUUGAGAGCACUGUAUCAAGUUGAUCGGUUAGUCCAUGACAUUGGAGCAACAUAAAAGCCAGAAAGGAUGUUCCAUUGGAGGAUUUCCAUUCAAAAUGGUAGUUCUAUGCAGUCCGUGGGCAAGUCACUUUCAGAAGUACAUGUAUCAAACAUGUAUCAAACUUACACAAACCGGACAGGUCUUUCAAGUCUCAAAUCCAAGUUCAAGUCUGUUUGUGAUGUGUAUAAUGAUUUUGUAUUCAACAGACAAAAGUGCUUGUCUUUGUUGAAUAUGUCGAAUCCGAUGACACUAGGCUUACCGUACAUGUACAUGCAGUUAGGCACUUGUAAAUAUUCUUGAACUGUUAAAGCAAAAUCAUGAAUAUGCGAUAUAAAGCAAGUAAUUCCUUUUGAAGCCAGGUUAUUCCAACAAAUGUUUAUGUUUAAGUGUGGCCUGCUUGAAAUCUGAACAAAGCUUCUUGUGCAGUAACUAGACAUGUCACAUCAAACAGUUUUUAGCUCAGCUGACGAAAGUCUUAGAUGGCCUGAGUUUGUGCAAAGCGACAGUAAUUGAUGAUGUUGAAUAGCUGCAUUUAGAAGUGAAUUCCUAUAGUAUAGGUCACAUAAAUAUUGCUAAGCAUAUAUAUCAGCAUAAAUCAGGCACAGAGAAAGAUUAUAUCGCUUUGCUAUCUGAAACAGACAGAAAUAAUUGUAGAUAAUUAUUUGAACAAGAUACAUUUGCAUGUUGAAUUCUGUGAAUUCUUUGGAGUUUUCUAUGGUUCAUACCAGUAGCGUAGUCCGCUGGAUUGUUAGGUUUCAUUCAUUCAUCGCCCCUCCCCAUAUACACACUUGGGAAAGGCGGGUUUUACAAAAUUCAUUGAUGUUUUGUUUAGUUGACUUCUCUCACCUCUGUGACAAAGCUGUUCGAAAUUUACGCAAUGAAGGGUAGACUUUCAUUUGGUAAAGUCUUGUAGAGAAAGUUUGUGAACAGAUUUCUUGCAAAUGAUGUUCGGGAAUUUGCAGUGAAGAAAGCAUAAGUUCCCCAAAUUCAAGAGGACGCGGUUUAUUCAUUGAUCAUUACAGAUUUUUCCUCCAUCAAAAGCUCAUCUAUUGGAAUUCAUCAUCCCAAGUUUCUGCCAUUACUUACUAUGUGCUGAAUAUUGAUAUCUUAUAUGUAAUGAUAUUAGAGAUAUGUCUUUCUGACUGGGAAACCAAUCAAGCAUUUCUUAUUGGUAAUUAGUCUAAUUCCUGCCAUAUUCUCAAGGUGAUUGUACUGCCUGUGGCCAUGCUUACCAAGACUCUUCAAAGAGCUGCCCAAUGGUAACUACAAACCCCUUCUUUGCAGUCUCUUCAAUUCCACAUGCAGUCUGUUUCACAUUUGGUGGCCAUAAUGUGAAUAACGGUAUGAAAAUGAUGUGCUAUGCUGAGAAUAUUGAUGAGAAAAUAAAGAAGAUGUCAUUAUCAUGCA